AAGUAGAAAGAGCUUGUAACCAACCAAAGUCAAACACUUAGAGCUAUUCAAAAUGGUGAAGAUUGAGAUUGGAAGUUUGGGUGAUUCCUUUAGUGUGGCAUCUCUUAAGGCUUACUUGUCUGAAUUUAUCGCAACUCUUCUCUUCGUGUUUGCUGGCGUUGGCUCUGCUAUUGCUUUUGGGAAGCUCACAUCCGAUGCAGCCUUGGACCCGGCUGGUCUUGUCGCUAUCGCGGUGGCUCACGCCUUUGCCCUUUUCGUCGGUGUGUCAAUAGCCGCAAACAUCUCCGGCGGUCAUUUUAAUCCCGCCGUGACCCUUGGCCUUGCCGUCGGCGGAAACAUCACAGUCAUCACCGGUUUCUUCUACUGGAUUGCUCAAUGCCUUGGCUCCAUCGUCGCUUGUCUCCUCCUUGCCUUCGUUACCAAUGGCGAGAGCGUACCGACACAUGGAGUAGCAGCUGGUUUAGGAGCUGUUGAAGGAAUAGUGAUGGAGAUUGUUGUGACUUUUGCUCUGGUCUACACAGUCUACGCCACGGCGGCUGAUCCCAAGAAAGGAUCGCUCGGUACCAUCGCUCCUAUCGCUAUCGGUUUCAUCGUUGGAGCCAACAUCCUCGCCGCCGGUCCAUUUAGCGGCGGUUCCAUGAACCCGGCCAGGUCAUUUGGACCAGCUGUUGUUAGUGGUGACUUCUCUCAGAUAUGGAUCUACUGGGUGGGUCCACUAGUGGGAGGUGCACUCGCCGGACUCAUCUACGGCGAUGUCUUUAUCGGAUCCUACGCUCCAGCUCCCACCACAGAAAGCUACCCUUGAUCAAUCAUGUACGGUUUUAAGUUGUUUGGUUUGCUUUUUUUGCUGUGUGAAAAUGUUUCUGUAACGGAUCAAAGUUGUACGUGUUGGUUAAAAAUAAGAAGUGUAUAUUUCAAAAUUUCUUGUUUUUUU